UAUUUCAUAUGCUUAUGGGGUUAUUUGAUCAAUGAUAACCUAAAAUAUGUUACUCUCUAUGCUAUAGGCUACUUGUCCUGCUGCCGUUUUUUAGAUGACAGCCAAAUUGUUACAAGUUCAGGAGAUACAAAUUGUGCCCUAUGGGACAUUGAAACUGCCCAGCAGACCACCACAUUCACUGGGCAUUCUGGAGAUGUGAUGAGUCUUUCUCUGAGUCCUGACAUGAGGACUUUUGUUUCUGGUGCUUGUGAUGCCUCUUCCAAGUUAUGGGAUAUUCGAGAUGGAAUGUGUAGACAGUCUUUCUCUGGACAUGUGUCAGAUAUUAAUGCUGUCAGUGUAAGUGAAUAGCAUUUCUAAGGGACAUUUAUUGUGGAUUUGAAGUACGAACUCUGUAGCAUGAUUUUCAUAACACAUUGCCUUCAAGGAUUCUUACAAUUUAUAAGUUCUUAUAAA